AUGUAUGACGCUCCUGUCAGAAGAGAAAAAGGCGCCUUACAAAAGAAACUGAGACAAUUCAAGGUUGAAACCUCACAUGCGCCGAACAUCAGGAUCCUGAUUGUUGGAGCAGUUGGAGCAGGAAAAUCCAGCUUCAUAAACUCAGUAAAUAAUGUUUUCCAAGGACGAAUCACCUGUGAUGCUCUUACUGAUUCAACAGCUGGAUACUCGUUUACCAAAGUAUAUAAAACAUAUAAAAUUAAAGGAGAUGAUGGUUCCCCCUUGGCUUUUAUCUUCAAUGAUAUGAUGGGACUUCAGGAAACAUAUGAGACACUUCAUCAGGACAUCAUUGAAGCCUUAAAAGGUUUUGUCCAGGAGGGAUACAAGUUUAAUCCUGCAUCCCCCCUGUCUGAUAAAGACCACAGUUACAGAAGUGACCCGAGUCUUGAGCAGCAGACCUUCUGCCUGGUCUACGUUAUGGAAGCAAACACUGUGUCAAUAAUGCACGAUGAAGUCAUUAAGCGGCUGAAACACAUUCGUCUGGCCGCUGCAGAUUUGGACAUGCCUCAGGUGAUCAUCAUGACGAAACCAGAUGAAGUCUGUCCACUGGUUAAGAAAGACAUAAGGAAGAUCUACACAAGCAAGAAAAUCAAGGCAAAGAUGGAGGAGUGCAGGAAUCUGGUGGGUGUUCCCAUGAAUCACAUCUUUCCUGUGAAGAACUACCAUGAGGAAGUGGACACAAAGGAUGACAUGGAUUUUCUGAUCCUCAAAGCGCUCGAUCAGAUCGUGAACAUCGCCAACGAUGCACAGCAGAGAAAAGCCCCCAGUCAUAAACCUGAGUAUAAAACCCAUCAUAUUAAAGGACACGAUGGUUCCCCCUUGGCUUUCGUCUUCAAUGAUAUUAUGGGACUUGAGGAAAAAUCUGAGACACUUGAUCAGGACAUCAUUGAAGCCUUAAAAGGUUUUGUCCAGGAGGGAUACAAGUUUAAUCCUGCAUCCCCCCUGACUAAUAAAGACCACGGUUACAGAAGUCACCCGAGUCUUGAGCAUGAGACUUUCUGCCUGGUCCACGUUAUGGCAGCAAACAGUGUGUCAAUGAUGGAUGAUAAAGUCAUUAAGCGGAUGAAAUUUAUCCGUCUGGCCGCUGCAGAUUUGGACAUGCCUCAAGUGAUCAUCAUGACAAAACCAGAUGAAGCCUGUCCAUUGGUUAAGAAAGACAUAAGGAAGAUCUACACAAGCAAGAAAAUCAAGGCAAAGAUGGAGGUGUGCAGGAAUCUGGUGGGUGUUCCCAUGAAUCACAUCUUCCCUGUGAAGAACUACCACGAGGAAGUGGACACGGACGACGACAUGGAUUUUCUGAUCCUCAAAGCGCUUGAUCAGAUCGUGAACAUCGCCAGCGAUUCACAGCAGAGAAGAGCCCCCAGUCAUAAACCUGAGUGA